AUGGCUGGUCCCUCCUCUCAUCCAAAAACUCUCCACCUUCCUCUUCAGACCAGUUCCUCCCUAAAAUCAGCUUCAUCUUCUGCUCAACUGACUUCCUCCAAGCUCAAAACCAUACUCCAAUCCUUCAUCUUCUCACACUUGUACCGCAUUGUUCGUGCCCUCACCAAAGCAAAAUCCAUUGUCAUUCAAGUUCUUAAAGAUAUUCAGCUGCUUCAGUUCAUUCAACUGUCCGUGAAAAAGAACAGCAAGAAUCUCAAGAACAAGCUGUUUCUGGGCUCAUUUAGGAUGCAUUAUAACUGGUGUUCUUCUCAUGUCAUGCCUGCCCCCAUGCCUAAGCUCGAAGGCUACUACUCAUCCAAAGAUUGGUACUAUGAUUCCUCGUGGAACACUUGCGAAAUCCCAUCAACAGAUUCUUGCGAAGAACUCAUUGGAGGUGCUCCAGAUUCGUCUUCGCAGCUUGCAGGAUAUCUCAAAUGGCUUGAGGAGAGAAAGGAUCGUAACAAUCAUGAUCAGGGCAAUGAAAUUGACAUGCUGGCUGAUAUGUUCAUUGCUAAUAGCCAUGAGAAGUUCAGGUUGGAGAAACAAGAGUCCUAUAGGAGAUUCCAAGAGAUGAUGGAUAGAAGCAUAUCAUGA